CCUGCAAUACAAUUUCAUUUGUAUUGCUAUCUCCUCCGAAUCCUACAGAUGGUGAAGAUGAUAAGUGAAGGUAGAAUGGGUGCGAUGAGGACGGUAACAGUGGUUUUGGUUGUGACGGUGCUGGUUUUGGUUGCGGAAGGAACGGAUACGAACGAAAUAUACAGUCCAUGUUUGGAUGCGAAGAUUCAGAAAUCAGACGGAUUUACUUUUGGCCUAGCGUUUUCGUCGAAGGAAGCGUUCUUUCAGGAUCAGAUUCAAUUUUCGCCAUGUGAUAGUCGUCUCGCUUUGGUAUACAAAAACACUCAACUUGCCCUUUUCAGGCCUAAGGUCGACCAGCUCUCUUUACUCACCAUUAAUAGUACGACUUUCAAUCCGGCUAUGAAUGGUGGGUAUAUGGUAGCAUUUGCUGGGCUGAAGUAUGCAGCAAGAUCUCUCCCUGUAAUGAUUACCGAUAACUCUCACACCAUAACUAGUUUCACUUUGGUUUUUGAAUUUCAAAGGGGCACUCUUCAAAACCUGUUCUGGAAGAAAUAUGGAUGCGAGAAAUGCACUGGGGAUUUUUCAGUGUGUCUGGACAACCAAGACUGUGUAGUUUCGAGCUCCAAAUGCAAGUACCAUGGCGGUUCUGUUGACUGCAAUAUAAGCAUACAACUAGCAUUUUCAGGGACAGACAGGAACCUGGAAGUCCUCAACUCCUGGUUUGAAGUUGACAAUCUCAUGCGCUUCUCCCUCUUCAAACUUUUCUCUGAUGUUCGUGAUACCGUCACCAAUCCAUUCGGGUAAAAUUCUUCAUCUCUGUAGGCAAGGAACCAAUAUUCUUCAUCAUAGCUCAGAGCUAUGAUCUACAUUUUGUUAGAUAUUGUACAAUCUUGAAGAUUCAACACACACACAUAUAUAUACAUGGUGCAGCAUAAUACCAUUGAAUUUUAUGGC